UGAGGAAGUUUACUGGAGUAAAAUGGAGGCCUCGGUAAUAUUACCCAUUCUGAAGAAAAAACUAGCCUUCCUUUCAGGAGGAAAGGACAGACGAAGUGGCCUCAUUCUGACAAUUCCAUUAUGCUUGGAACAGACAAAUAUGGAUGAGCUGAGUGUCACCUUAGACUAUCUACUCAGCAUUCCAAGUGAAAAGUGUAAGGCUAGAGGAUUUACCGUGAUUGUGGAUGGCAGAAAAUCACAGUGGAAUGUGGUGAAAACAGUAGUCUUAAUGCUACAGAAUGUUGUUCCAGCAGAAGUGUCCCUUGUUUGUGUGGUAAAGCCAGAUGAAUUCUGGGAUAAGAAAGUAACACAUUUUUGCUUUUGGAAAGAAAAGGAUAGACUUGGCUUUGAGGUUAUUUUAGUGUCUGCCAAUAAAUUGACUCGUUAUAUAGAACCAUGUCAGUUAACAGAAGAUUUUGGUGGAAGUCUCUCUUAUGAUCACAUGGACUGGUUAAAUAAGAGGCUGGUUUUUGAGAAGUUUACAAAGGAAUCUACAUCAUUAUUAGAUGAACUUGCUUUGAUUAACAAUGGAAGUGAUAAAGGAAAUCAAGAGAAAGAAAGGUCUGUGGAUUUAAACUUCCUUCCAUCAGUUGAUCCUGAAACAGUUCUUCAGACAGGGCAUGAAUUGUUAUCCGAAUUACAGCAGCGUCGAUUUAAUGGCUCAGAUGGAGGAGUGUCAUGGUCUCCUAUGGAUGAUGAACUGCUUGCACAGCCACAGGUUAUGAAAUUAUUAGAUUCACUGAGAGAGCAAUAUACUCGUUACCAGGAAGUUUGUAGACAACGUAGUAAGCGUACACAACUAGAAGAGAUUCAACAGAAGGUGAUGCAGGUUGUGAACUGGCUUGAGGGACCUGGAUCAGAACAACUUAGAGCCCAGUGGGGGAUUGGAGAUUCCAUUCGGGCUUCGCAGGCCCUACAACAGAAGCACGAAGAGAUCGAGAGCCAGCACAGUGAAUGGUUCGCAGUGUAUGUGGAGCUUAAUCAGCAAAUUGCAGCACUCUUAAAUGCUGGGGAUGAGGAAGAUCUUGUGGAGCUGAAGUCCCUGCAGCAACAACUUAGUGAUGUUUGCUAUCGACAGGCCAGUCAGCUGGAAUUUAGGCAAAAUCUCUUACAAGCAGCCCUUGAAUUUCAUGGUGUUGCCCAAGAUUUGUCUCAGCAGUUGGAUGGCUUAUUAGGGAUGUUGUGCGUAGAUGUAGCACCAGCUGAUGGAGCAUCGAUUCAGCAAACUUUAAAACUGCUUGAAGAGAAGCUGAAAAGUGUUGAUGUAGGAUUGCAAGGUUUGCGUGAAAAAGGUCAAGGUCUUCUGGAUCAGAUCUCCAAUCAGGCAUCCUGGGCAUAUGGGAAGGAUGUAACCAUUGAAAAUAAAGAAAAUGUGGACCACAUACAAGGAGUGAUGGAAGAUAUGCAGCUUAGGAAACAAAGAUGUGAAGACAUGGUAGAUGUGCGAAGGUUAAAGAUGCUUCAGAUGGUGCAGUUGUUUAAAUGUGAAGAAGAUGCUGCCCAGGCAGUAGAAUGGCUAAGCGAACUUCUGGAUGCUCUGCUUAAGACCCACAUCAGAUUGGGUGAUGAUGCCCAGGAAACGAAAGUUUUACUGGAAAAGCAUAGAAAAUUUGUUGAUGUCGCACAGAGCACUUAUGACUAUGGAAGACAGUUGCUACAGGCCACCGUUGUGUUGUGCCAAUCUUUGCGCUGCACUUCUCGGUCAUCUGGGGAUACACUUCCUCGACUGAACAGAGUAUGGAAGCAAUUUACGAUAGCAUCUGAAGAGAGAGUACAUAGGCUGGAAAUGGCUAUUGCAUUUCACUCAAAUACCGAAAAGAUUUUGCAAGACUGUCCAGAAGAGCCUGAAGCUAUUAAUGAUGAGGAGCAAUUUGAUGAAAUUGAAGCAGUUGGGAAAUCACUUUUGGAUAGAUUAACUGUUCCUGUAGUUUAUCCUGAUGGAACUGAACAAUAUUUUGGGAGUCCAAGUGACAUGGCUUCUACUGCAGAACACAUCAGAGACAGGAUGAAACUAGUUAGUCUCAAAAGACAGCAGCUGAGACAUCCUGAGAUGAUGACCACAGAGAGCUAAUGGCAACCAGCUUCCCACAGACCUGCGUUCACAAUAAUCCUGCAUGUCAUCGGCAUACUGCUGCAUUAGCCACAGCACAUUCAGAUACAUUUCACAGCCAAGAUAAGCCUCCUUUCUUUCCAUUACACAUUUCUCUCUACAUGUUAGCACCUUGCAACUACCAAGGCAUAAUUAUUUAACAUGCUUUGGGACCAUAGACUCCAAGUAUCUUAAAAGAAGGAACUAUAAACAUUGCACUGAAAACCUGCUUUAAAGCUUUACCUGACCUGUCAGUUUGUAGAUGAACAACUGAUAAUAAGCUUUGAGUGGUGCUAAUAAGAGUUUAGGAAUUCUCUAUAUAAAAAUAAUUGCCCUUCCUCCCCAGGUGAUGUAGUAAAUUUAGACUAUAUAGUGAAAUGGUUAUUAGUAAACAGUGGUGUCCUCAAAAUUUUACUUUUUAAUUUUUCUUCAAAAUUGAUUAUUUUUAUUGUGUCAGUAUGAAGAAAACAUUCAGAUCUUUGAUAUAUCAUAGUCAUUGAAAGACAUUUUCCUAUUUGUAAUGAUAAUGUAUUAAAAGUUGUUUGUGCUUAAUAAAAGGCUUCUUUUAAACAUCGUA